GGUUUUAUUUUACUUUUUUUCCCUGCUUUUUUCACUCUGUACAAGCUGUGGGACUAACUCAAAUGUUGUCUCUAGACAUGUGACCUUGAUCUUUUCCGUUCUUUUGAAAUAGUUAAAACUGUUGCUUGUCGAUGGUGGCUUGAGAUGAGAUGACAACGUCCCCGAGGCUGCAGGUCAACCCAGCAACCAUGGAAAGGUCUUCAGCUUCUGAUACAGCCUCUGAAAAGUCUAAUCCUUCCCACCAUAGCACGGGGGCUGUUCAAAUGAGGAUCAAAAAUACCAACAGUCACCAUGACAGGCUGAGCCAAAGCAAAUCUAUGAUUCUCUCUGAGAAUGUGAAAGUCACCGAGCCUAUAAAUCGUCACAGAAGAAAUCUUUCCCAACACAACCUGACUUUUACAGACAUCAUCAGUACCCAGGACCCCACGGUGGUGGAGAAGGAAGGAUAUCUUCUAAAAGCAAAAAUAGCAGAUGGUGGCAAGAAAUUAAGGAAAAAUUGGUCCACCUCCUGGAUUGUUCUUACUGCUCGGAAAAUGGAAUUCUACAAAGAAUCCAAGCAGUCGUUGCUGGUAAACCAGAAACCGGGAUAUAAACCUGAGUGCGUGGAUUUGUGUGGUGCUCGCAUUGAGUGGACCUCAGAGAAAUCCAGCAGAAAGAAUGUCUUUCAGAUCACAACAGUGUCAGGAAAUGAGUUCCUCUUCCAGUCGGAUAUCGACUUUCUCAUAUUGGAUUGGUUCCACGCUAUCAAAAAUGCAAUUGACAGAUUGCCAAAAGAACAGAGAAUUACAUCGAGAAAUUUGGAGAAUAAACUCAGAAGAUCCGCCAGCAUCGAAUUACUGAAUAACUUAGACACUGAAUCCAAAGAGCCAAAGCCUGAACACAGAAAAUCUUUAAUUUUCAGGCUGAACUACAGUGCCUCUGACACAAAUGACAGAAACCGAGUCAAAAGCAGAUUAAAGAAGUUCAUCUCCCGAAGACCUUCCUUGAAAACGUUGCAAGAAAAGGGACUUAUUAAAGAUCAAAUUUUUGGCUCCCAUUUGGACAUGGUUUGUGAGCAUGAGAAAUCUACAGUCCCUCAGUUUGUAAGACUCUGCAUAGAAGCUGUUGAAAAAAGAGGUCUAGAUGUUGAUGGAAUAUACAGAGUUAGCGGCAAUCUGGCAACAAUACAGAAGUUACGAUUUGUUGUCAAUCAGGAAGAGAAGCUGAAUUUGGACGACAGCCAGUGGGAGGACAUCCACGUUGUCACCGGAGCACUCAAGAUGUUUUUCAGAGAGCUGCCUGAGCCGCUGUUCCCAUACCGCUACUUUGAACAGUUUGUGGAGGCGAUAAAAAUCCAGGACAAUGUCGCUCGCAUCAAAUGCAUAAGGAUCCUGGUAAAGAAGCUCCCUAGACCCAACUAUGACACGAUGAAAAUCCUUUUUGAACAUCUACAGAAGAUAGCAGCCAAGGAAUCCGUGAAUCUUAUGUCAACACAAAGCUUAGGAAUUGUGUUUGGACCAACACUCCUUAGACCUGAAAAGGAGACAGGGAACAUGGCAGUCCACAUGCUGUACCAAAAUCAGAUAGUUGAACUUAUGCUGAGUGAGUACAGCAAGAUCUUCAGCCCGGAGGAAGACUGACAGACAGGGCCUGUUAUUGAAA